AAUGUGAAGAACACUUUUUAAGACAACGCUUGAACAAUAGUUUUUCUUUGUCAAAUCUCAUCUAUCCAGAAAUAGUGAAUCCCUUCCCUGUUUUGAAACCCUACUCCCAAAUCCCACUGCUGAACAUCGCCGUCGCCGGCCAUCGUCCUCCGCCCUCGUCCCUUCUCUCAAAGACUCAUACUUCAACAACCUCUUCUUGUUGAUAACCCCAGAGCUGAUGAGGUAUAUUAACUGAAAUUGGAUUUGUUUGUCAGAAAUGAAGACCUUUUUAUUAGGCUGAGGUGAUUAAGAGGCUCGGAAAGAUACUUGAAGUUAUAGUUCUUUUAAGAUGAAGAAAAUCACUAUCUCAAGUUCAGAUAUUAUUAGCAGUUUGUCAUCAGAACUCAAAGUAAAAAUUCUAGAGCAUUUGCCAAUAAGAGAUGCUGUGAGGACAAGUGUUUUAUCAACCAAGUGGAGAUACGUGUGGGCUUCGCUUCCGAAGUUGGUUUUUGAUGAACAUAAAUUUAUGCAUGAUCGUAUUAAUUUCAGGUUUUCUGAAUCUGUUGAUCGAGUUCUAUUGUUACAUACUGGCCGGAUUCUUCAGUUCAAACUUGUGGUGGAAUUUCAAAGAUCUGAAAACAUUGAUAGGUGGAUUUUUGUGUUAUCAAGAAAGAAAAUCCAAGACUUCCGACUUAUUCUAUUUGAACCAAUGGACUAUAAUGUCCAUUCUAGUCUCUUCUUUUGUCAUGAAUUGAGGCAUGUUCGGUUGUACAAUUGCAACAUUGCUCUGCCACGUAACUUCAAUGGUUUUAGCAAGUUAACAACGCUUAGACUCUGCGAAGUCACAAUCUCUAAUGGUGAUUUAAAGUCUUUGGUUUCAAGCUGCACUCAACUACAGAGACUAGAACUAAUGUAUAUGAAGAAUUCUACAUGUCUUGAUAUCGAAGGAAAAGAAGCACAACACUUAACAAUACACGGUUUUUCUUUAUGCCUCAUUUUGGCAAAUUCUCAUCUGAUUGAUAAAGACAUAGACUUAAUCACCGGUGUUGUUAAUUUGCCAACAAAUUUGCUAGCAUGUCAAUCUUUGGUGCACCUCAAAGUUUGUGACGGAGAGCUUACUGUACCUGAAAAUUUCCGAGGCUUGGACAAGUUGGAAUCGCUUCGUCUUUCUAAUGUAAGGUUCUCACCCAAUGCACUCAAGACUUUGACUUUGAGCUGUCCUCAGUUAAAGGAGUUAGCGCUUAGUCCAUCGCCAGGUUGUAAUGAUCUCAAUAUUCAAUCAGAAAACCUCCAAUCUUUAAAGAUUGUAAGUGGUUUCGAACAUCUCCAUUUGGUGGCCCCUCUUUUGAAUGAUGCAUCCAUCUACCUAUUGAGUGAGAAUAGAUGGGAACAUGCCAAAAUUCAACAGGAAAUUCAAGUGAAGAAUGAUCAGCUCUUAGAGGUACUGGCAAAUUCACAUGCAAAAGUUACUCUCCCUUUGACCUUCAAUUACUUGUUGAAUCUCUACUUUGAAGUUGAAUUCGGGAAUGUGAUUAGUGAAUAUGCAGCCUUCUGCUUCCUAGAGAAGACCAAUGCUGUACAAAAACUUGAAAUAAAGGCUUGUUCAGCAAGAGAGUAUUCUUCUCCAAACAUUUGGGAACAUCUGAAGAGCUCACGUCUGGAAUUUAGCUUUGAUUGCCUUCUCAUAUUGAGGUUUUUGGGUUUUUCUGGUGCUGAAACAGAACUUUCAUUUUUGGAGUUCAUACUGAACAGCGCUCCAGUGCUUGAAAAAAUAGUAAUAACGUCAGUGGGAGAAAUCAUCAUGCAAACUGAUAUCCUUAAAAAGCUACUGAAGUUUAAGAGAUUGUCCAAACAAGCUGAAAUCAUUUAUGUCUGAGAUAGAUGGUGAACAAGAAAACUACCGCAAGUUGAAUUUACCAUUUAAUGUUAAUACAAAUCUAUGUCUCAUCUUCGAUGAUCAUGUAUUCAGUGACCUGAACAGAUUCACUGAAGUAGAAAAUAUUUAUUGAAAAGCAGGGUAAAUUGAGGGUGGUUAUGUUCUAUGUUUGGGGUGCAUUCUCAAAGUUUAAUGCAUCAAUCAAGGCAUAUAGAAUUUCCAGAAUGGUUGAAGAGACAUUAAUUUCGCUUGUUUCGGCCUGUGCUUUGUAAAAUUGCUUCGGCAAUGGUUUCUCCAACUUAUAAAUGGUUGUGAGUUCACAUUGUCAUCA